AUGGUUCUCCUAAAAAUGAAGUUUUCCUUCGAAAGGCGUGUGCGCCUGGCGCAGGGCCUCUGGCUGCUCUCCUGGCUGGCUGUCUUUGGUGGGGCCUUCACCUUCGCCUUGGGGGUGUUCCUGAAGACCGAGCUCCACAGAAGGGCUGAGGUGAUGGACAACACAGAGAUCCAUGCCGUGCCCAACACCCUGAUAAUGGUGGGCCUGGCCUCCCUGGGCAUCAACUUCUUCGCCGGGCGGGUCUGCCAAGACUCCCUGGACCCAGCCCGCUUCCCACGCUGGAAGAGCUUCUUUACGCCCUACUUCACUGUUGCCAUCUUCUUCUCCAUCCUCAUGCUGGCGUCAGUGGUCAUGAGCUACGCCAUGAAAGGCAACCUGGAAGAGUCGCUGAAGAUCGGGCUGAAGAACGGCAUCCGCUUCUACAAGGACACGGACACUCCUGGCCGCUGCUUCCAGAAGGAGACCAUCGACAGGCUGCAGAUGGAGUUCCAGUGCUGUGGGAACAACAACUUCAAGGACUGGUUUGAGGUCCAGUGGAUCAGCAACCGCUACCUGGACUUCACCUCCAAGGAAGUCAAGGACCGCAUCAAGAGCAAUGUGGACGGGCGCUACCUGGUGGAUGGGGUCCCCUUCAGCUGCUGUAAUCCCAACUCCCCCCGGCCCUGCAUCCAAUACAAUAUCACCAACAACUCUGCCCACUACAACUACGAGUACCAGACGGAGGAGCUGAACAUAUUCAAGCGGGGCUGCCGUGAGGCCCUGGUCAACUACUACAUGGGCUUGAUGAACAGCAUUGGGGCUGGGGUGCUGUCAAUUCUGCUGAUCCAGGUCUCUGUGCUGAUCAGCAUGCGGUACCUGCAGACUGCCAUGGAAGGAGUGCCAGUCCCAACCGAAGAGAACACAGAGGUGGAGGCCGUCGAGACAGAGGGGUACCUGCUGGAGAAGAGUGUGAAGGAAACAAUCAAAGAUUACACUGACGCUGUCCUCAAGUUCCUCCAGCUCAACCAAGUUGGGGCAGAGGGAGAGGCGGCGGCGGAGGGUGGGGAUAAGCCGGCCACACCCGCAAGCUAG